AUGAGUCGGCGAAGGAAACACGGGGAAAGCCCAACUCUGAAGAAAACACCGCGCAAAGCCACGGCGGCGGAGGAAUGCGGCUUGAAGGUCGAGUCAGGGAAAAGGCGGCUGAAGUCGGCCCAUGGCGGGGCUGCAGAGAGGCCACCUCGGCCCGGGGUGCAGCGAGAGCCGCCUGCAGCAGCCUCUUCGUGCAGUAAAAGUCACCCCGAGGGUGAGAUGCCGGCAGUCUGGGGCGCCCGAGCCCCACUGGGAAGCCGUGGGGAGGGAAGGGAUGGCAGCCCUGGUUCUCUUCACUCUGUUAACUCGUCACCUAAAUUCCGCCCCAGUCACCCCACACUGCGCCCCACGGCUUGCAGGCCUCGCAGGCCGGAGUUCGAGAUCUGCCCUGGGAGGCCUGCACACCCACUCCAUGCCCUCUUGCAGGACUUGGUGCUGUUUUUCAAACCUCUUUUUGAAAAGUAUGAAACCCCAGAGAGAAUACUGAAAAUGGAUUUGUCAUCGACCUUCAGUUCUCCUAAUGACCUAGAAGGACAGAAUGAUAUAUUUUGGGAUCAAAAUUCACCAAUGACAAAGCAGUUAGGUAAAGGAAGAAAAAAACAGAUUUACACUACCGAUAGUGAUGUGAUCUCACAUAUUGUUAACCGAAUUGCCCCUCAGUUUGUUGGAGACCAGCUCCAAAUGAAUGGGCCUGAUGCAGAGGCUGUGAGGCGAGAUAGCAUGGAGGAUGAAAAACCACCAACAAACUCUUUGUUGGGCAUAUGGAUUGGUGAAACUGCUAUUCCUUGUACACCCAAUGAAGCAAAAGGAAAAUCAAGAGGAAAAAUCAACUGUAUAAAGUUAAAAACACAAAAUAGAGAAGAAGAGCUUAUGAAGUUGGCUAAACAAUUUGACAAGAAUAUGGAAGAGCUUGAUGGGAUUCAAGAGCAGAACAAGAUAAAUCAUGUUUUUAUUCAUAAAAGUUCAGAAGCAGAGAUUUUAAAUAAUUUUAAAGAAAACGUACAGAUGCAUUUAUUACCUGGCAUAAUUCCUGAAAUAGAUAAUUCAAUAAUAAAGAAGAAAUCAAUUAAAGAAAACAGCAAGAUAUCUGUUGAAAAUGAUCAAAUUAUCAAUCAGAAACCAUUUGACCUAAGUGCUGAAGCUGCCUUUAAUGCCAUCUUUGAUGGUUCUACUCAGAAAUGUAGUGGAGUGUUAAGCCAAGAUUCAUCAUAUGCACUUUUGAAUACUAGUAAUACUGUCAUUGCAAAAAAAAGUCCUUUGAAAGAGGAAAACGUCAUUACUAACGAAACUCUGGUCACUGAAAAGCUGCAAAGUAAAACUCAUAGAUCACUUUCUCAUCAAGAAGAUGCUCCUUUGAUGUCAAAAUCAUGUGUGUCAGCUUGUACUAAAGCAGCAAGAACUUCCAGAAGGCCUAUUGAUACACUCACUACCAGUGAUUUUGAGGAUGAUUGGGAAAAGUUACUGAGUAAUGAACCUUAUAUUAUGCAAAAUAUCAGAUCAUCUGAACUUUGCCUUGCUGAUCAAAAUGAACCUUAUACCUUUAAUAUUCAAAAUGAUGAAAGUAAUUCAAAAACAAAUACAAAUCUAGAUGUGAGGUUAAAAGAUUCAAAAAAUUCUCAAGAUCUUUGUUCAAAGACACGCAAUAGUGAAUUAAUAGAUGCAAGUAAAUAUAGAGUUCUACCAAAUCCAAGUGGUAAAGUAUUAAACAAAUUACCAUCAAGUGAAAAUAAGAUGAAAUUUGACAAAUCUUUGAAUACAGUUGUUGAAGACAAAUAUCAGGAUUGUACAGUUAGAGCUUAUCCAACAAAAAUAAAGGAAGAUAUUCAUUCAAAAUUUACUUCGACUAUAAAUACAUCUAGCAAAAUGUCUUCGAACACAUGGUAUUCAAAUGAACAGAAAAACAAGUCAAAUUUGAAUCAGUCUUUGAAAACACUUGCUAGUAUAGAGCCUUGUAAUUCUUCAAUUUUGGACAGUAAAGCCAGUGUUUGUAACUCAAAUCAAACUAAUGCAUCAAAAUUAGGCUUACUCUUUGAUGACUGGAGUGACCCAGUAUUAUCCAAUGAAAUAAUUAAAGCGUGUCACCAAUUAGAAAAUACCUGGGAAGUAGAUGAUGUUGAUGAUGAUUUAUUAUACCAAGCAUGUGAUGAUAUUGAAAAACUGAGUCAAGACAAAGAAGAUGGUAAGACAUCAGAAAAUAUACUUAAUAUCCAUAACAGUUCCAAACAUGGUUCUAAAAACAUGUUUACUCCAUCUGUACAAGGAAGUUCAUUGCUACAAUCAAAGCAUUUGAAUCUGUGCAGCAUUUCGGGGCAAAAGACUUCAUUGACAAAUAGUCCACAAAUAAAUAAAUCAGUGAAGAUGGAGAAAAGGGAAAUUUAUGGAAAUUCUCCAGGUUUUAUAGGUGCUACGACAAACUUAUCUAUCUAUUCUAAGAGUACAAACUGUCAGGAAAAUAAUCUACAUUUUUCUCGGAAUAAUUCUGAUGUUCCAAUACAAGUGAAUAAUUCCAAACCAGUUCUUGUAGCAACUUCAUCAGAACAUCAUCAGACUAUAGAAAUUGCUCCUGAGAAGAACUUAAACACCCAGUGUAUGUCCCAUAGGAAUAUAACAGAUAAAACUUUGAGAGACCUUAACAGAACUGUUAGAUCUUCUAAGUAUACCUUUACAAGAAUGAAAAAUCCUCAAGUUCAUUCCCAGUUUAACCAAAACUACUUGUCACAAAGUGGUUCUGAUACUAAAAUUCCACAUGAUUUAGAGAAUAAAACUCUCAACCCAUUUUAUAAGGAAACUUUUCAACAGCAAACCUCAGUGAAACUUUCUGCAUCUUUAAAACAACCUUCUAAAGAGGAAGAGAAAAAUAGAAAGUGCUCUCCUGAAGAAAUUCAGAGAAAAAGACAAGAAGCAAUGGUUCGAAGAAUGGCCAGAGCACAGGCAACAACUGUAAAGGCAGCUCCCAGUUGA